GGUUAGGUUGUUAGAAAGUUAAUGGCAGGGGGAAAGAGAUUCUUCUCUUCUCGCUUCAGGAGAGUUUCGGGAUUUUCUGAAGUAAAAACACAAUAAUUUAUAAACAAAUACAAACCCGAAAGAAGUUGAAGACAAUAUUAGAUUUAUUAACAUACAAAUUAUUUAGAUAAGUAUGCAGGAUGCAGUAGCCGGGACGGCAAUGCUGACGGACGGCUUCGAGGACGAGAUUGACUCGGUGACUCCGCGCUCUCCUGCGGUAGGGAUGGGGGUAGGAGCCACACCAGGAGCCGGACUCGGGGGCAUUGGGAUUGGUGUCGGCGGAAAAAAAGUCCGGUUAUUUGGCGAUUCCAGUGGGCCCACUGCAGACAGGCUGGAUUUUAAACUGGCCGCGGCGGCAGUCCUUUCCUCCGGUCCGGGGUCUGGCAGCGAGGAAGAUGAAGUCUCCGAGGUGGAGUCGUUCAUCCUGGAGCAGGAGGACCUGGAGAGUCCGGUGCUGAAGACGGCGUCUGAGCUGCUGCUCUCCAGCGCCCCCGACGGGCUGGACCUGCGCACCGUGGACCCCGAGACCCAGGUCCGCCUGGAGGCCCUGCUGGAGGCUGCAGGGAUCGGUAAACUCUCCACGGCGGACGGUAAAGCGUUUGCAGACCCCGAGGUGCUGCGGAGGCUGACGUCGUCGGUGAGCUGCGCUCUGGACGAGGCGGCGGCCGCCCUGACCCGCAUGAGGGCCGAGAACACGCUGACCGCCGGCCACGACAAUCGUAGCUUGGCGGAGGCGUGCUCGGACGGAGACGUGAACGCGGUGCGGAAGCUUCUGGAUGAGGGGAGGAGCGUGAACGAGCACACGGAGGAGGGGGAGAGCCUGCUGUGCCUGGCCUGCUCCGCCGGGUACUACGAGCUCGCUCAGGUGCUGUUAGCCAUGCACGCUAACGUGGAGGACCGGGGGGUGAAGGGGGACAUCACCCCUCUGAUGGCUGCAGCGAGCGGGGGAUACGUGGACAUCGUCAAACUGCUGCUGGUGCACGGAGCCGACGCCAACGCACAGUCCUCCACAGGGAACACGGCGCUGACCUACGCGUGCGCAGGGGGGUUUGUGGACGUGGUGAAGGUGCUGCUGAAGGAGGGGGCGAACAUCGAGGACCACAAUGAGAACGGCCACACGCCCCUGAUGGAGGCGGCCAGCGCGGGCCACGUGGAGGUGGCCCGGGUUCUGCUGGAGUACGGCGCCGGCAUCAACACACACUCCAACGAGUUCAAGGAGAGCGCGCUCACGCUAGCCUGCUACAAAGGUCACCUGGACAUGGUGCGGUUCCUGCUGGAGGCAGGAGCGGAUCAGGAGCACAAGACAGACGAGAUGCACACGGCGCUGAUGGAGGCCUGCAUGGACGGCCAUGUUGAAGUGGCUCGGCUGCUCCUGGACAGUGGGGCGCAGGUCAACAUGCCCGCCGACUCCUUCGAGUCCCCGCUGACGCUGGCGGCCUGCGGAGGCCACGUGGAGCUGGCCGCCCUCCUCAUCGAGAGGGGAGCCAACCUGGAGGAGGUGAACGACGAGGGCUACACCCCGCUGAUGGAGGCCGCCCGCGAGGGCCACGAGGAGAUGGUGGCGCUGCUGCUGGCCCAGGGGGCGAACAUUAACGCACAGACGGAGGAGACGCAGGAGACGGCGCUGACGCUGGCUUGCUGCGGGGGGUUCCUGGAGGUGGCCGACUUCCUGAUGAAGGCUGGGGCGGACAUGGAGCUGGGCUGCUCCACCCCCCUCAUGGAGGCCGCCCAGGAGGGCCAUCUGGAGCUCGUCAAGUACCUGCUGACCGCAGGGGCGAACGUCCACGCUACCACGGCGACGGGCGACACAGCGCUGACGUACGCCUGCGAGAACGGACACACCGACGUGGCCGACGUGCUGCUGCAGGCCAGAGCAGACCUGGAGCACGAAUCGGAGGGGGGCAGGACGCCCCUGAUGAAGGCGGCCCGGGCGGGACACCUGUGCACUGUGCAGUUCCUCAUCAGCAAAGGUGCGAAUGUGAACAAGGCCACGUCCAAUAACGACCACACGGUGGUGUCUCUGGCCUGCGCUGGGGGGCACCUCACUGUGGUGGAGCUGCUGCUGGCACACGGAGCCGACCCCACCCACAGACUAAAGGACGGCUCCACCAUGCUGAUCGAAGCUGCUAAGGGAGGUCACACCAACGUGGUGUCCUACCUGCUAGACUACCCAAACAACAUCCUCUCAGUCCCCGCCCCCGACCUGUCCCAGCUCACGCCCCCUUCUCACGACCAGUCUCAGGUUCCUCGUGUCCCAUUCCAGGCCCUUGCCAUGGUGGUGCCCCCCCAGGAACCCGACAGAGUGCCCACCAUCAGCGCCCACCCCCCCGUCACCAGCAAAGGCUCCUCCAAGCAGAGACCCGGCCCCCUGCAGGCGGCGUGCGGUACUGCGGGGCGGCCCGAGCCGGACCCCCUCCCGCCCUUCCACCCGUACCAGCCGCUGGAGUGCAUCGUGGAGGAGACGGAGGGCAAGCUGAACGAGCUGGGCCAGCGCAUCAGCGCCAUCGAGCGCGCCCAGCUGCAGUCCCUGGAGCUCAUCCAGGGGGAGCCGCUCACCAAGGACAAGAUCGAGGAGCUGAAGAAGAGCCGCGAGGAGCAGGUGCAGAAGAAGAAGAGGAUCCUGAAGGAGCUGCAGAAGGUGGAGCGGCAGCUGCAGCUCAAGACCCAGCAGCAGUUCACCAAAGAGUACAUGGAGGCCAAGGGCCUGGCGGAUGACCCGGGCCAGAACACCGGCCCCCGGCCCCCGGGGCCCCUGCCCCCGCUGCCCCCGCACCACCCCGACACGGAUGAGGAGGGCCGCUGCGGCGAUGAAGAGGAGGAGGAGGAGGAGGAAGAGGACGACGAUGACGAAGACGACGAUGAAGACGACGAGGAGGAUGAUGAUGAGGAUGCGGAGGAGGAAGAGCAGGCGGAUGUCGACGACUACGCCAAGCUCCCGCAGGUGGACACCAUCCUGUACCGGGAUGGGCAGCCCCCUCCUCCGCCCCCUCCCCCCCCACAGCAGCCCUCGUCCCCCCCCCCUCUGCUGCAGCCCGGCUUCCUGCCCAUCCAGCCGCUUCCCCUCCAGCAGAGCACCGACUGCCCCUGCAGCGCCGGCCCAGACCUGCAGAGGGCGCUGGUCAGCACUGUCACCCCCGAUCUGCAGAGGGCGCUAGUGAGCAACAAUAACACACCAGACCUGCAGAGGGCGCUGGUCAGCAGUGCUACCCCAGACCUACAAAGGGCACUAGUGAGCAACAAUACCACCCCAGACCUGCAGAGGGCGCUGGUCAGCAGUGCCACCCCAGACCUGCAGAGGGCGCUGGUCAGCAGUGCCACCCCAGACCUGCAGAGGGCGCUGGUCAGCAGUGCCAGCCCAGACCUGCAGAGGGCGCUGGUGAGCCAGCAGAUGCUGGGACAGGCACAGGGGCUCCUUGCUCAGGCGCCCGACGGCCUCAUGGUGGCCACGCCCGCACAGACGCUCACCGACACGCUCGAUGACAUCAUGGCUGCUGUGAGCAGUCGGGUGCCCAUGCUCAACACUACGUCCUCACCGCCCCCCCAACCUGCCGCCCACACGUCCGUCAACGGCCUGGCCCCUCCCACCUCCAUGCUGCCACUCUACCCUUCUGUGGACAUCGACGCACACACGGAGAGUAACCAUGACACCGCUCUGACGCUGGCGUGUGCCGGCGGCCAUGAGGAGCUGGUGUCUGUCCUGAUCGGGCGUGGGGCCAACAUCGAGCACCGGGACAAGAAGGGCUUCACCCCCCUGAUCCUGGCUGCCACGGCCGGGCACGUGGGUGUGGUGGAGGUGCUCCUGGAUAAGGGCGGGGACAUCGAGGCCCAGUCUGAGAGAACCAAAGACACGCCCCUCUCCCUAGCCUGCUCCGGGGGCCGGCAGGAGGUAGUGGAGCUGCUGCUCCUCCGGGGAGCCAAUAAGGAGCACCGUAACGUCUCUGACUACACGCCCCUCAGCCUGGCCGCCUCGGGGGGCUAUGUCAACAUCAUCAAGAUCCUCCUCAACGCUGGCGCCGAGAUCAACUCCAGGACGGGCAGUAAGCUGGGCAUCUCUCCCCUGAUGCUGGCGGCCAUGAACGGGCACGUCCCCGCGGUGAAGCUGCUGCUGGACAUGGGCUCCGACAUCAACGCGCAGAUCGAGACCAACCGCAACACGGCGCUCACGCUGGCCUGCUUCCAGGGCCGCGCCGAGGUGGUCAGCCUGCUGCUCGACCGCAAGGCCAACGUGGAGCACCGCGCCAAGACCGGGCUGACCCCGCUGAUGGAGGCUGCCUCGGGGGGCUACGCGGAGGUGGGGCGGGUGCUGCUGGAUAAGGGCGCGGACGUGAACGCCCCCCCCGUCCCCUCCUCCCGGGACACGGCCCUCACCAUCGCCGCCGACAAGGGCCACUACAAGUUCUGUGAGCUGCUCAUCAACAGGGGAGCUCACAUAGACGUGCGGAAUAAGAAGGGGAACACACCGCUGUGGCUGGCGGCUAACGGCGGGCACUUUGACGUGGUGCAGCUGCUGGUGCAGGCCGGCGCGGACGUGGACGCCGCCGACAACCGCAAGAUCACGCCGCUCAUGUCCGCCUUCCGGAAGGGCCACGUGAAGGUGGUGCAGUACCUGGUGAAGGAGGUGAACCAGUUUCCCUCCGACAUCGAGUGUAUGAGAUACAUCGCCACCAUCGCCGACAAGGAGCUGCUGAAGAAGUGCCACCAGUGCAUGGAGACCAUCGUCAAAGCCAAAGACCAGCAGGCAGCCGAGGCCAACAAGAACGCCAGCAUCCUGCUGAAGGAGUUGGACCUGGAGAAGUCUCGGGAGGAGAGUAAGAAGCAGGCGCUGGCAGCGAAGAGGGAGAAACGCAAGGAGAAACGCAAGAAGAAGAAAGAGGAGCAGAAGAAGAAGCAGGAGGAAGAGGAGGAGGUCAAGGUGCAGGAGGAGUUCCCCGAGAUGCAGGACCAGGAGAAAGACUCCAGCGAAGAGGCUGAGGUGCCCAUCGACCCCCCCAGCGCCACCACCACCACCACCAUCGGCAUCCUGGCCACCUCGCCCACGUUCUCCAGCGCCUUCGGCAAGAAGCGCUCCAGCCUGGGGCCGGCGGGCUCCGCCGCCCGCAAGAGCCGCAAGAGCACGGCUCAGCCCUGCGCCGGCCUGCCCCUGCCCCUGCCCCUGCCCCUGCCCCUGCACGACCACCAGGUGGCGCUGGCGCUGGCCCGGCAGCGGGCCGACAGGAACAAGGUCCCGGGCGAGCCGCGGGAGGGGGGGGCCCGGGGGGGGGCCAGCGACUCCGACAACCUGGACAGCGAGAGCAGCGGCUACCUGCCCGACCUGCCUUCAUCCUCCUCCUCAUCCUCGUCUUCAUCGUCCUCCUCCUCCUCCUCCGGCCCCGCCCACGCGCCCCCGCCCGCCCCCGAGAAGAGGCAGCUCCCUCCCCUGCAGGUCACCCUGUCCAUCUCCAAACCGCCCAGACUGCAGGACUGCGUGAGUGACCUGCCCCCCAGCUCCCUGCCCUCCCCCUUUAAGACCAUGUCCCUGCCCGGCGGCCCCCCCGUUGGCCCCCCCGGCGGCAAGAUCAGCCUGGCCAGCCCCAAGCGGGGACCCAAGAGAGAGGACGGCUGGAAGGAGGUCGUCCGGAGGUCUAAGAAGCUGUCGGUCCCGGCGUCCGUGGUCUCGCGGAUCAUGGGCCGCGGCGGCUGCAACAUCACCGCCAUCCAGGACGUGACGGGCGCCCACAUCGACGUGGACAAGCAGAAGGACAAGAACGGAGAGCGCAUGAUCACCAUUCGGGGGGGCACGGAGUCGACUCGUCAUGCGGUGCAGCUGAUCAACGCGCUGAUCCAGGACCCGGCCAAGGAGCUGGAGGACCUGAUCCCCCGCACCCACAUCCGGGCCCCGGGCGCCCCCAGAGCGUCCUCGGCCAAGGCCCUGUCCUCCAUCCACAUGCCGCCAUCCUCCAGCGUGUCCUUCCAGUCUUCGUCCUCCUCCUCCUCCUCGGCGGGGGGGAAGCUGGGGAAGGCGGGGCUGUCGUCGGGGGCGCGGCCGGCGUUCCCGGUGUCCCUCCCCCUGGCGUACGCCCACCCCCAGCUCGCCCUCCUGGCGGCGCAGACCAUGCACCAGAUCCGCCACCCGCGCCUGCCCAUGGCCCAGUUCGGGGGCACCUUCGCCCCGCCCGCGCCCCCCAGCACCUGGGGCCCGUUCCCCGUCCGGCCCGUGAGCCCGGGGAGCGCCGGCGGGUCCCCGAAACACAACGGGAGCGCCUUGCCGCGCCCAGGCCCCUCCCACCACGGCGAGUACUCCGCCAACGCAAACCCCGCCCCUACUGCUGCCACCGUGGCCACGCCCCCUUCUGUCACCGCGCCGACCGCGCCCGGCGGACACACCCCCUCCUCUGUCAGGAAGCAGCUGUUUGCGGCCGAGCCCAAGGUCGCCACGGUGACCACCGCCACCAGCAGCACGCGCGCCUCGGGUUCCCCCGCCCACCUGCCCCACAGCUCCGCCCUCCUUCCACUAGCCACGCCCACGACCCCGCCUCCCGCCCCUAUCGCCCCGCCCCCACUGCAAACCCCCAAACACGAGCCCUCUCUGGAGCCCACGCCCGUCUCCAAGGCGACCGUUUCCGACGCAACCCCCCUCCCCUUCUCCGUCCUGGCUCCGCCCACCACGUCUCAGCCCGCCCCCUUCGCCUCCGCCGUGGAGCCCCUGGCCCCGCCCACACACACUAACCCCGCCCCCUGCGCCUCCAGCAGCUCCGCCCCCCACUACACCAGCGCCGCCCCCCGCGUGUCUCACCGCGUGUCUCACGCCCCCCCCGGCCCCUUCUACCCUCCGCUGCCGGAGCAGUCCGUGUUCCUGCCCCUCGCCGCCCCCCAGGAGCUGAAGCCCGCCGGGCUGGUGAACGGGGCCCCGCCCCUCCCCGGGGGGGGGAAGGCCCCCCCGCCCCCCAGCUUCGGCCCCGCCGCCCUCUUCAACCACUUCAGCAGCAUCUUCGACGCCGGCCAGGGGGGCAACAGCCACGUGUGGGGCGCCUGCCACCUGCCCUCCCGCCCCCCGCCCGAGCAGCCCUACAGCGCCCCCCCCGCCUACAUGAGCAUGGGCGCCAUGGAGACCGGCCUGCCCCCCCCCGACGGGUCCAAGGCCCCCGGAUAUCGCUCCGCCUCCCAGCGCAUGGUCAGCAGCCCCAUCGCUGUGCACCCAUUGGACGCCUCGGGCGGCUCAAGCCCCGCCUCCUCGGCCGUGCUGACCAGCUUCGCCACCAGCAUCACGGGAAGCCCCGCCUACCUGUCCGGCCCCGCCCCCGUGGGCACGCCCUCCUUCAGCCGCCAGCACUUCUCCCCUCACCCCUGGAGCGCCUCCACUUCCUGCGAGUCCCCCGUGCCCUCGGUCUCCUCGGGGGGGUCCUCCCCGCUCUCCGUGGCGUCCGCGCCCCCCCUGGUCCAGGCCAAGCCCAGCUGCUCCAGCCUGCAGGACCGGAAGGUUCCGCCGCCCAUCGGCACCGAGAGGCUGGCCCGGAUCCGCCAGACCGGCGCCGUUAACCCCGCCCUCCUCACCAGCAGCUACACCGCCCCGGUGGGCCAGGGCGGCAUCUGGUCCUUCGGCGUGGGCAGCGCUUCAGAGGCGAUGUCGGGCUGGUCGCAGCCCCUCCUGGGCGCCCACGUGCUGCAGCACCAGCUGUCCCAGCACCAGCCCCUGGAGCAGGACGACACGGGCAUCGUGGCCCCCUCCAACGCCUUCCACCCAGCCCACCCCGGCCAGGCCCACCCCGCCAACUUCAUGGACUUCCCCAAGGGGAUGCCGUUGUCCAUGUACGGUGGGGCGAUGCUCCCCCCCCACCCCCCCAUGGGGGAGGGCCCCGGGGCCGUCUACAACGGGCUGCACGGCCCCGACCCCGCCUGGAGCCCCAUCCUCAAAGUGAUCCCCAACGCUGCUGACAACCCCGACCCCCAGCAGGUCUGGCCUGGUACUUGGGCGCCACACGUGGGCAACAUCCACCUGAACCAUGUGAACUGAACACCCGUGACAUCACAGCCUCUGAGCCCCCCCCCCCCCCCCCCCCGUGUGAGGGAGAAGCCGUGAAUUCCUAAUGAACCAGAUAACCGCAACGAUAAUGUUAACCUAGAGGUGUCCUCAAACACAUGAGAAUCGGAACGGCCAGACGCCAUUUUGAUGUGCCUAACUAAAAUAAAAUUUAAAAAAAACAAUUGAGUUUGGGCUAUUACUUUACCACUGUCUAUGAACAAACGGAUCGCCUGUUCAACAGGAUACCAACUGCGUAGUGUAGCCAUUUUGACUUUAAACCACACAGACCGUUCUUGAUCUGCAGGGCUCCACAGGACUAAGCUAUUUAUACUCGGACAAGAACUAGAUUACACAAAGGCAUAAAUCAGACCUUUUAGAGUGGUAAAUACAUGUAUAAUUGUUUACAUACUAAAAAGGGUUAAAAUGAGAGUAAAUUUCAUGUCGUAUAGUGGCUCUCCUUCAUGUAGCCUGUAUUAAUGUGAAAUAUUUACCUUAAUAUCCAAUAAAAUGAUGGAAAUGACCCGA